AUGAGAGAUCUAGGAGUGGAGGUCACACUGAAGCCUUUAGGGAAACAGCAAGACAAACCGGACCUCGAGUUGCCCCCUCUCGUUUUGGGUCGAUAUGGUAACGAUUCCCAGAAGCCGACCGUUCUCGUCUACUCUCACUACGAUGUUCAGCCUGCUGCUCUCGAAGAUGGUUGGAAAUAUGACCCCUGGGUUCUUACGAUUGAAGAGAAUGGCCGGUUAUGUGGCCGAGGAACUUCCGAUGACAAGGGCCCGCUGAUAGGAUGGCUCAACAUGAUUGAGUCCUUUCAAAAGGCGGGAGUUGAAGUUCCGGCGAACCUUGUCUUCUGUUUCGAGGGUAUGGAGGAGAACGGGUCCUUUGGUCUGCGCAAAGCCUUGGAGGAAGAAGCGCAAAACUUCUUCAAAGACAUUGAUGUGGUCUGCAUCACUGAUGUCGUUUGGGUCAGCGAUGAGCAGCUGAGCAUCCCCCAGGGCUUGAGAGGAAUCAUCUUCUACCUGUUGACCAUCACCGGCGCCGAGAGAGACGCUCAUAGUGGUGGCUUUGGUGGGCAGAUCUCGGAGCCGAUGACCGAUAUGGUCAACAUCAUGUCCUCACUCGUGGAUUCGAACGGCAAGAUUCUUGUGCCGGGUAUCUACGACACAGUGCAAGCCGUGACGAAAGAAGAGUAUGACAGCUACAACAAGCUAAACAUCUCAGACGAUUCCUUGCUCGGGGGAACGGGCGCCAGAAGCCUUCACAAGACUCAGGCAGACGCUUUGAUCGCGAGAUGGAAGAAGCCAUCCCUCAGUCUUCACAGGAUCGAAAACGCGACGCCUGGUGCAGGAGCUGUGACUUCGAUUCCUGCGAAGCUUGUUGGCAAGUUCAGCAUCAGGACAGUUCCCAACAUGAAGUCACAGGAUAUCGACAAGCUUGUCCAGAAGCAUAUUCGAGAGAAGUUUGAGAGUCUCGGAAGCAAGAACGAGUUGGAUAUCAACUGUGCCGACCAAAGUGACUGGUUCUACGAGAGCGCCGACCACUGGAACUACCAAGCCGCAAUCCAGGCUACUCAGAACGUAUGGGGUGUUGAUCCAGUCCUCACAUGCGAAGGCGGAAGCAUUCCCAUUGCAUUGGACUUCAAGCAGAUUCUUCAGAAGAACGUGCUUUUGCUUCCCGUUGGACGACCCACUGACGGCGCUCAUACCAUCGACGAGAAGCUGGACAAGAACAACUAUAUCAACGCUAUCAAGUUGUAUGGAUCGUAUCUCCAAGAGGCGCAGAAAUUGUGGCGUCAGAGCAAGGCGACAGCAUAG